ACCUAUUUGGCUCACCACAAUCUCUACAAGGAGUAGGAUGGAUUAUCUGGCAAGAAUACACUCAUUGCUAUAGAUAUUUCUAUAACUUAUCUGAGUUUGAAAUAUGGCAUGAAUCGAUACCUGAAAACCAGCGUAUAUUUCAUGAAAUUAUUCGAACUGGGCAAUCACAAAAAAUCAAGAUUGAUGUAGAUGGUGAAUUAGAAAAAUUUGCAUUAUAUCCCAAUCCUUUAGAUAGAAUAAAAAUAUCUCUUGGACAGAAAUUGUUUGAUGGUUUCAUCGCUAAUACAUAUCUUCAUUCAUGGCAGAAGUCAACUGAAGUUACAU